AUGGAUACAGAAGGAUUGCUUUCAGCCAAGUUAUUUGACUCGGCAUCGAAAAACAUUUUACUGACUGAAACAUCAACAGCAUUCGAUAGUUUUCUUCGAAAUAUUAAAGAUCUAGAACAAGAACUAAAUGAUACCUUCAGUGAAUUUGACUCGAAGAUGGAUGUACAACCUGAAUUUGCAAUAUGUUUAACGAAAAAUUCUGUAACAUCAUUAUAUCAUGCAGAACUAUUGAAGGCAUUGAAAAAAGUUGGAUUAGGUUACGAUGAUUACAUAAAGACUAUGGCUGAUCUGGAACUCGGUAAAGAGCCUGUACAGCCGGAUAAAUCGGAUCUGGAAGUGACUGGGGAGAAUUUCCGAGAUCUUACUGAAGAGAUGUUAAGUGGCAGUUUUUCGGGAGUAGAUCAAAACUCGUCGGAAGAAAAAGUCACAAAUGUUUCAGACCACAAUGAAGAACUUGUGAAUACUCAAUCAAAAAUUCAGUUGAUGCAUCAACGAAUUGAAGAUGAAAUUAUGAAGUGUGAAAAAAGUAAUGAAGAUGACUUAGAUCCUUCAAUAAUGGAAGAAAUGUUGAAUACAUUUCAGUCUGAAGAAGAGUAUAUUCGUCAACGCAUACAAGAACUCGAAAAAGAAAGAAAGUGCGAAGAAGAACGUUUAGAAAGAAUCCAACAAAUCAAAGAGGAAUCUUUGGUGUUGAAUGGAAACAGUCGACUUCGUAGGGGAGGAUCUUCACUUGACAUCAUGCAAACAAAUUUCAUAUCAUCCUAUUUUUCUAAUGAAUGUAUGAUAAGACCCCAGUCAGCUGAGCAUACUAUAAAUUAUCGGCAAUCAAGUCAUUAUAUGAAUUUGGUUGAAAAGAAUUUCGAAUACUAUUUCACUGUAUCAAAAGAAAAGAAAGUAGAAAAUAUGAGUAAGAGUUGUUUACAUAAAGAAAUGAAAACAUUUAAUAUCCAUGAGAAAACAAUUGGAAAACAAGGACAAACUAAUGAAAUCAUAAGAACUGUAACGCUACCAGUCAUAGGAUCGUCUGACAGUGUCACCGAACCUGCUAUCUCAAAAGGACAACAAUAUGAUGAACUCAAAGCUUCUCAUCUUGGUACCUCAAAUGAUAUUCAAUGUGAGUUGGCAUGUGAGAAUGAUGCGGCCAGUAGGCCAUUAUCUUUGGCUUCAGAUGAAGUAGAGAAGUCGAAGCAGGUGUCUUUGGUCGAUGGUUGUUUAUUUUCAAGGGUUUUCUAG